UUAUAUAUUUAAUUUUUCUGUAUCACAUCACAUUGAUCAAUUUUGCUUGGCUUAGCAUUUUUCUUAUCGAUCAUCAUAGAAAAAAAUGGCUUCGACUCUUUCGCUUUCUCUCCUCAGCGGCGGCGGCGGAGCUCUCAAGGCACGUGCGCAUGUUAGCCCACCACGAGCCGCGCAUCUUAGCAAACCAGCGCCUCCUUCGUUUUCACUAUCCGGCGCGUCUCGUAGGAACCUGUUGUUUUCUUUGACGGCAGCGACGGUGGUGACGGGACUUCAGCCAGCAUCAAUGGCGGAGAAUAUUCCGUUCUUCGGUAUAAGAAAGAAGCUGAAGAAAGCAGAAGAAGAAGCGGUGGAGAUCGUUAAAGAAGGCUUCGAGACGGCGGAGAAAGGUGUUGAUGCGGCGGAGAGAGGGUUAGAAGCGGCGGAGAGAGGUGUAGAGACGGCGGAGGAGGAAAUUGUGACGGCGGUUAGUUUUAAUGGAUUGACACAGGCCGGAGCAGUCGUGGCUGCUGAGUUAGUCGGAGUUCUUGUCGCCACGUCAGUGGUGAAUGGGAUUUUAGGACCAGAAGCUCAGAAAUCCUAGGAUUGAAAUGUACUUUUCUGUUUGGGAAUUAAAGAAAAGAUUUGUCUAAAUAAUUUUUAUGUUAAAUCAAAGUUUUGUAAUAUCAUAAACUCA